UCUAUAGUCUAUACUUAUAUAGUUAUAUAGUUUACAUGUCAAAUCUAUGUUUACUAAUUAGUAAAUACUAAAAAACUUAUUAAACUUCAACAGUUAGUUCUUGCUCCUACUCAUAACUCAUGGCUAAAUAAAUUAUUUAGCCAUGCUCGUAUUCAAGAGUCAAGACAAACUACAAACUGACAAAGUAGAUCGUUGGGACUGUACUCAUCGCUUCCUUUGUUCGACGACUACUACUGCUACACUCGGCUAGUAGCCAGUGGCCAGUGGGUACUGCGACACGACUACUGAUCUCACCCACGUCUCACAACAACAACAGGCGGCAUUUCUUACAAAAUAUAAAUAUGAUCCAUAAUUAAAUAUUAUCAUGUUGGAGUCUUGUCCUGUGAUAUCAUUAAAUUCCGGAAAAGUCGCUGCUAAUUUCUGCCAUUUCUGGACAAUCUGGGCGUGUGUCGUUGUAUCGUCCGUGGCCGUAGACAACGCAUAAAUAUCAAAUAUAACUUCACGACUAACUACAAACAAGAAAAACGAUAAUAUAAAUAUCUUUUCUUGCAACAAGUCUUUCACAUCGUUCUAUUGAUGUUGGUAUACGAUACAAUAGUGACCUUAACUUGUUUAGUGUGAAUUGAACAUAUCCGUAAAAUAAACAUGCCCGUGGCAAUGAAUCGGAGACGCGUGAGCAAUUUCACAUACGUUAGCCCUUGCGUCAAGUACAUGAUAUUUUUGCUGAACUUUUUAUUUUGGUUGUUUGGCGGUUUAUUGGUGGCAGCUGGUACAUUUGCAUUUUAUGAAAAAUGGAAUACUAUGGGUUCUAUAAAGUUAAACACCUUCUCAGACGUUAUACUCAAUAUCUCAUUAGUUCUGAUCAUAGCCGGACAAAUCAUAUUCAUUGUUAGCUUUGCCGGAUGUAUUGGUGCUCUACGUGAAAAUACGACACUUCUUAAAUUUUUACCUUCCAAAAAUAUUGCUGCUCAGAAUGCAAAUGUUUGUGUCAGCAAUUUAAAUGUUUCACAUAUAUCAAAUUUCAGUACAAAAAAUACUGAUAGAUUAAAGAAGUCAGAGCGCAUGAACAAUGAUAAAAUUAUUUUUAAGCUUCUUGAUUGUUAUGAUGAAUUACUUUAUAUUCAAGCCAAGUCUCCAAUAUACACGAAUAGCUUAAAACCAAUGAAUGAAAGCCAAUUGAAAUUUUAUAAAAAAUAUGUUAUUAUUGAUAGAGAUCAAAUACUUAACCUUAUGCUUAGCACUAUAGAGCAAUCAAACAUUAGUGCUUGGCGGUUGCAUAGGCAAACAAGACUCUCGGCAAGUUCAAAAGCUCAUCAGAUCUGUACAAGACGUAAUAGAAAUGAGGAAUUGGCUGAGCGGUUUAUAAAAGACAAAACAAUAUUAGGAAAAGGUUUAAAAUAUGUGGAAUAUGGAAUGAAAAUGGAAGAUUUUGCUUCUAAAAAGUAUUCACUUGUACAUAAUGUACGUGUUAUAAAGUGUGGCCUAGUAGUUCAUCAAAAUCAACCUUGGAUUUGUGCAAGUCCAGAUGGUUUAGUUAUUCAUAACAAUAAAGUAAAAAAAUUAUUGGAGAUAAAAUGUCCAUACACUUGUAAAGAUACCUUAUUGAUUGAUGAAGAUAAUGGAAAGCUAAGAGUUCCAUACUUGAAAUAUAAUGAAGAAAACAAUACUAUUGAUUUAAAACAAAAUCACAUUUAUUUUACACAGUGUCAAGUUCAGAUGUACUGUACUGGGAUGGAGGAAUGUGAUUUAUUUGUUUGCACAAAAUCUGACUGCAUAACUGUUAAUGUUAAGAGAAAUGAAAUAUUUCUUGAAAAAUUAAUCAGAAAAAUGGAAUUUUUUUAUUUCAAUUACUACCUUCCUGAACUAACAAAAGUUAAUUCUUAAUUUUAAACUUUUUAGCAAAUACAGUAAAUUAAGAUGUUUUAUU